AUGCCCCAAACCAAAGAAGCGUCUCUCUCUGCAUCUGAAUUUAUGAUGCUGAGACAAGCAAAACUUGUGGGAGUAGGCCUCAUAACACUCCUCCAUGUCCGUUUUCUUUCAUUUUGCGCUGCUACUGAAAAUCAGCCCUGCAGGCCCUCUUCUUGCGGAGAUAUUCAAAACAUCAGCAACCCAUUUCGAUUAAAAGGUGACCCGCUUGGCUGUGGUCAUCCUGAUCCUGCAUACGAAUUGGCUUGUGAAAACAGCCGUACAAUUUUAUAUGGGAAAUACCAUGUUGCGGAGAUCAACUACGAUAACUAUACCAUCAGAGUUGUAGUUGUUGGGCUAGAGAAGAGCAACUGUUUCUCCCUUCCUCUCUAUUCCUUGACAGCAGAUCAUCUAGAUGGAUAUAAAUAUCCUGAUGAACUGGAUACUGUAGUUUUGAUGAACUGCGCAAGACCAAUCUUUGAUCAAUACUACAUUCCUAUUGUUCCCUGCAACCGCACCGAUGCUACUUUCUCUUCCUCACAACCAUAUGCUUAUGCGCUAGCUGGACGCUACAUGCAUGUGAGAGAUCUUGCAUAUUCGUGCACCAUUGGCUUGACUGUUGUCACUGGCAAUUUCAUGGCUGUGUCAGAGCCCAGCAAUCUUUUAAGAUCAGAUUUGCAAGAAAAGCUGCUUAUGGGGCUCCAGCUUUCAUUUUUGCGCUCUCGCUGCCAUGAAUGCGAAGCAAAAGGCAGACGGUGCAUGCCAAAUUUCAGCAACAACACUAUACAAUGCCUUGAUGAUGAUGGAAGAAACUGGCUUAAUAAGUUGAAAAAUGUACUGAGGCCAGUGAUCGCGUUUUUUGUUAAUACACUUAGAAGUCCCUAUACAACCCAAGGACGUGAAGAUGCUUUUGACCAAUCUGGGUUUUCUGGGACCAUUAUUGCAAUUGGUACGGCUUUGAUAGUUCCUUCCAUCAUCUUCCAUGAUUUACAAAUUGAACUUUUCAUCAUCAUGAAUAAGUUAGGCCAAGGAGGCUUUGGCUCUGUGUACAAAGGAAUACUUCAAAGUGGCCGCAUUGUAGCAGUAAAAGUAUUGGUCAUGUCAAAAGCCAAUGGACAAGAUUUUAUCAAUGAAAUCGCCACAAUUGGAAGGAUUCACCAUGUUAAUAUAGUACAACUUGUUGGAUUUUGUGUAGAAGGAUCAAAAUGGGCCCUUAUAUAUGACUUUAUGCCAAAUGGAUCACUUGAUAAGUUUAUCUUCCUUAAAGGAGAAAAACACAUUCCUUUAAGUUGGGACAGAUUGUACAAAAUUGAACUUGGAGUAGGGCGUGGGAUUGAAUACUUACAUCAAGGGUGUGACAUGCAAAUUCUGCAUUUUGAUAUCAAGCCACACAAUAUUCUUUUGGAUGAAGACUUUACACCAAAAGUUUCGGAUUUUGGCCUUGCAAAAUUGUAUUCAACAAAUGAAAGUGUUGUAUCUCUCACUGCAGCUCGAGGAACAUUAGGAUACAUUGCUCCAGAGUUGUUUUAUAAAAACGUUGGACAUGUGUCGUAUAAGGCUGAUGUUUAUAGUUUUGGAAUGUUGUUGAUGGAAAUGGUGGGAAAACAAAGGCAUUUUAGUAGACAUCAAGAGGAAGAUCUAAGUGAAUUAUUCUUCCCAUCAUGGAUUUAUGAUCGAAUUGAACAAGGAGAAGAUAUGGAAAUGGGAGAUGUCACAGAGGAUGAAAAGAAAUAUAUAUGGAAGAUGGUCAUAGUUGCAUUGUGGUGUGUGCAAAUGAAGCCCAUGGACCGUCCUUCUAUGAGCAAAGCACUCGACAUGUUAGAAGGUGAUGUUGAACUAUUGCAACUACCUCCUAAACCUACCUUAUAUUCUCAUGAAAUAUCAGCUUUGGAUCGGGAGAAUAAACCAAUGGGGGUUCCAAUUUCCUCACAUAAUGCAAGUAUUACAAUUAGCUUAGAUGGGAGAUAA